AUGGAGAAGUCCGACAUUCAUCUCGUGGCUACCCCGGCGUUCCUUGAGGAGAGAUCUGAUGAAGUACAGAAACUCUACCAGGAUCUUAUCGAUGAGACUAUGGCUACCCGCAAUACUGUUGUUAAGGUGUUCGAUGCUCCUGCCAACUUGGUUCAGAAAUCCGGUGCUCAAGUAUUGCAGUUUGCUGCCUUUGAUGUUGAUCGUACGGGCCGAGCCUACAUCUCUGAGAUCAACGAAUGCUUCCGUUCUCAUAACGUUGAACCCAAGAGAUUCUACGUGGACUCGUUCGCCAAUGGUAUCGUCACCUAUACUUGCUUCUUCGACCCCACUUUCCAGGGUGAGGCAUUGGAAAGGCUCGCGCAGACUCUUCGUUAUGUGAGCCAUUUCAAGCAUAACCCGAGGAAGUCCGGUUUGGUUUGGGAACUUGUGCUCAACAAUAAGAUCACACCCGAGCAUGCUAUCUUCCUUAUUACUGCUGCCAAGUUCAUCUUCUCAUUCUUCCCUAAGGAGACUGAGGAGUAUCUCGCUUUGGCCGACUAUUUCAAGAGUGACCCGUCCAAGAAGAGUGAGCUGGAUACUCUCUUCAGAGAUACCAUGGCUAAUGCUAUUACUUAUGAGAGGAUCUAUGAUGCUCUCACCUCCAACUAUGAGCUCACUCUCCCUAUGUUCGACGACUUCAAGAAGGUUGCCACUGGUCUAUGCAAGCCUUUCUACAAUGAGGAAUUGGCUGCUAAGGUUGAUGAUCAGGUUGGAUCUCGCUUCGAUGCGAAGAUCUUGAAGACUCUGUUGAAGCUCAGCGCUCAUCUUCAGAUGACAAACUUCUUCAAGCUG